AUGGCCAAGAAUACAGAGCAGCAGAAACUCAGUGAAGAAAUUGAAGCUGUGGAAAAUGAACGAGAGUUAUUUUUACAAAAGUUUGUUGAAUUUAAACAAAACUUGCCAGAACAUUCGUUGAUGAAACAAAUUGAUCAAUGGGAAAAUGAUUCCAUCAAUAAAAUAAGACAAGCAGCUGAAGAAUGUCGACGAGAAGCAAUCAUAUCGCUGAAGAAAUCAUUUCGACGAAUAGAUUAUCAAUUUGCCGGUAUAACCGAACAAUUGAAACAGAUUCAUAACACACAGAAAUGUGAUGAACUCAAACAAAGAUUGAUUGAAUUAACCGAAGAACUCAAUCAACCAAAAUACAUUCUCAUUGAAGAAAAUCCAACAUUAUUUAUCAACAAAAUUAAUCUCAUUGAUCGAUCAAACACGAGAUGGAAAGAAUUUGGGAUUGACAUAACUGCAGGAAAUCAGUUAAUGAAUCGUUCGAGCAUAUUGAUUGACGAUCAAACAAUUUAUAUUGUUGAUUCAGACAACGAUCGUAUUGUGAAAUGGAGAUCAAAUGAAUGUCCUUGCGAAACUGUUGCUGGUGGAAAUGGAAAAGGGAAAGAAAUGAAUCAGUUGAAUUCACCGAGAGAUAUGAUUCUUGACAAAGAAAAGAAUUGCUUUAUCAUUAGUGACUAUGGAAACAAACGAAUUGUUCAAUGGUUUCGAGAUAAGGAACAGGCAGAACGAGUGAUUAUCGCUAAAAUACAAUGUUCUGGCUUAGCGCUUGAUCGAGACGGAUUUCUUUACACUGCUGAUGACGAGAAACAUGAAGUGAGAAAGUGGCAAAUCGGAGAUGGAAAUGGGAAAUUAGUGGCUGGUGUCAAUGGAAGAGGAUCGAAUUUGAAUCAACUUAAUCAUCCCAGUUCCAUCUUUGUUGACCGUGAUGGCUCGGUAUAUAUAUCGGAUUGUGCAAAUCAUCGUGUAAUGAAAUGGUUGAAAGGUGCAAGACAAGGUAUUAUUAUUGCCGGAGGAAAUGGCGAAGGAAAUAGUUUGAAGCAAUUAUCUGGCCCACAAGGAAUUCUUCUCGAUCAGCUGAAUCAAAUCUACGUAGCGGAUCAUGGAAAUAAUCGAGUCAUGCGUUGGAUCGAAGGAGCGAAAAAAGGAAGUAUUGUUGCUGGUGGGAAUGGAUAUGGACAUGAAUUGAAUCAAUUAUCCUAUCCAACCGGUUUAUCGUUUGAUCAUCAAGGAAACCUUUAUGUCGUUGACUCAGUAAAUCACCGAAUACAAAAAUUUGAAAUUGAUUCCAAUUAA